AACUAUUUUAAGACAGAACUAACAAGUUUUACUUGCUUAAACUCAAACCCAAAAAGUCUAAAUGUUAAUGAUAUUGAAAAAAUCAAUGAUUUAUCACCUUAUUUCAGCAAAACCAGACAACAAUUCAGUAAUAAAAAAGACACAUACUUGAGGUGAAAUUGGAAUGAGUUCUUCGCCAACGCCAACUUGAUCCUCACGAAUGUCUCCUAAAAUAGUAAAUUUCUGCUGAAGAACAACACACUACUCCUAAUAAACUCGUUGUUUUUCUCACAUACACAAAACCAAAUUUAGCAAAAUGGUUAUUAUUACCUUUCUUCCGCUCUUUCGGAAUUUGUCACCACCAAUCAAACAAUCCUCUUUUUCAUUCAUCACCCACUUUUCAGAAUUGUGAAUUGAGAAUUGCGAGAGAGAUCUCAUUCUCCCUCUCGCAAUUCUCCAAUCCCUCCAAUCCAAGAAAUUUUUUUAAUGUAAAAUCAAUAUAUUGAUCCACAAUGUCGAUGUUGUUCCCAUCAUUUCAGUUGCUAGAGCUGAACAUAAUCUCAGCUCAGGACUUGGCUCCUGUCGCUCGCAAAACAAAGACUUAUGCUGUCGCUUGGGUUCAUUCCGAGCGUAAACUUACCACCCGUGUCGACUAUAAUGGUGGAACGAACCCAACAUGGAACGACAAAUUCGUAUUCAGAGUCAACGAAGAAUUUCUCUACGCCGAUACUUCAGCUGUGGUUAUUGAAAUUUACGCCUUGCAUUGGUUCCGAGAUGUUCAUGUAGGAACAGUUCGCGUCCUCAUCAGCAAUCUCAUUCCCCCUAAUCGUCGUCCAGGAUACAGAACCAGCAACAAUGAAUAUCGUCGCACCCCACCUCCAGGAAUGAGAUUUGUCGCACUUCAGGUUCGUCGUACUUCUGGUCGACCUCAAGGGAUUUUGAACAUUGGUGUUGGAUUAAUUGAUGGUUCUAUGCGGAGUAUGCCGCUUUAUACGCAUAUGGAUUCAUCUGCUGUGGGAUAUAGAGAUUUGCUCGGAGAAGAAGAUCAUCAUCUACAACAUUUGCAUUUAAAUAGCAACAAAGGCAGCUCAAAGAAUCCACAAUCUCCGUCUUCUCGACAAUACCAAUCCGUAAUCUCAAGACCUGAGCUCCGUCGUACGAAGAGCGAUUCAAGUUCUAUGGUUGUUUCAGAUCUUCUUAGUAGAGCUGAACGAAGUCGUUUAGCUAACAGAAAACCGGCGAGUGCAUUAGUAAGCAGUGACUCUGAAACUCUACCCACCACGACGGAUUCUGAUGAGAAAAAAAUGAAUGAGUACAUACCUCCUAGUAAAAACCCUAAGGUUCCAAGGCAACGAUACAAUUCGAUUGAUUCAGAUCUCAUAGAUUCGUCGCCAAUGGAGAAACCCCAUGUGGUGAUGCAGAGAAAAGAGAGGCACGAUGUUAUGCCGUAUAACUCGUAUCAUCAAUCACGUAAGACACCAAGAAAGAAGACAAUGUACGAGAAACAAAGAUCAGUGAAAGAUUACGAUCGUGGCCGAGCUUCACCAUACUUAUCGAGGCAUGGAACACCGUUGAGAUCGAACAUCAUCGCAUCUACUCCUAUGAGAUCCAACAUCAUCGCAAUGUCACCAAUGCGGUCCAACAUGGUUGGUUCGACUCCGAGGAGAUCAAACAUCGUCGGAUCUACCCCGAUCCGUUCAAACUAUAUGGCUACACCGAUGAGAACUCAUCACGAUUUUGGUACACCAGUGAGGAAUUUAGCUGGAAGACGAAUCCUAACUGAAUCGGAGUUAGGUCCAUCGCCAUCUGAAGUGGCUGACAAAUUGGCAAAAGAUAGAUCGCACGAAACAGAAAGUUCAAUACUCAGCGAAUGGAGCAUCGAUGAAUCUAGCAUCGAAGGAUUGCGUUCAAAACUCGAGAGAUGGCGAACAGAGCUUCCACCAUUAUACGACAUAGGAUCAAGCCACAUAAGUAGCAGCAAUUACGAUGGUGCAAGUGUUCCCGCCGCAACUGCCGGGGGAGGAAUGAGUUCAAGACGGAAAACUCCGACGGCAAAAAAGCAUAACCGCCGUCACACAGAUGGAGGUAAUGGACUUUUCUCGUGUUUUAGUAAGAUUUGCGGCGUGGAAUGCAGUUUCGUAUGCGGUGGUGGUGGUGGUCAAAUGGCCUCUCAAGGAUCUACCAAGAAAGGUGGGGCCGGACGUGUGCAACGCACAUAUUCCGCUGAUGAUUUGAGCUUUGUGUGAUCUUUAUUUUAUUGAUUUUUAUAUUAACUUUAUUUUUUUGGACAAUUUUUUUUUUGGGGUGGAUGAA